GUUUCCCCGCUCUGGCAGCGGCGGGGCCGGUCCGCGGGCGGGGAGGUGCCGCGGCAGCGGCGGCGGUGCCAGCGCCCGGCCCGGGAGGAUGCGGACGCGCUGACGGAGCUGCCGGCUCCCCUCUGCCGCCGUGCAUGGGCGGCGGGCGGCUGCCGCCUCGCCUCGCCUCGCCUGCCCCGCCGGCACUUCUAGGAUUUGACAGAGUUUGCACGACACUUCAUCAACAACGUGAACGCCUGCAGCAAGGACAGUUUUUGGAAGCGACAUCCGUUGAUGUGAUUGAAGCAUGACAGAGGUGAUGAACACACGGGAACCGGUGAUGGAGGAAUUUGCGCUCAGCCAGACUCCUGAGGAAGAAGGAGGCCCUUCAAGCCAGGCCUUCCCAGACUCACGCGAGAAGUACCCCAAGCUGUCCAAAAGACUGCCAUCGAUUGUGGUGGAGCCGACCGAGUCCGGGGAGGUGGAGAGUGGAGAGCUGCGCUGGCCUCCUGAUGACCUGAAAUCAGCAGAGGACAAGGGUCUUCAUGGUGACCAAAGAGUCUGUGUCCAGCAGCAGCAGCAGCAGAUGGAUCUGGAAGAUACUUUAGCGCACCCAGCUCACGAAGUGGAAGACAGUACAGAUACUCUGGAAAGCAGAACUGAAGAGGACGAGUAGGGACUCCAUGGCCUCAGAAGUGAAACUUCAUUGUGAAUGUUGUUGGAAAGCUAACACACUCUGAAGACAUGUCAAAGUAAUCUGUAUUUAAAUCUGCAAGGGUUUUAUUUAGUUAGUACCUGGUAAGAAGCGUCUGGGCUUUAGAACUGUUCUUUUCAACAUUUUGAUUUUCAGGCUGGGAUUCAUAUUAUUUGUUUAAUUUUUCCUUGGGAAACAAUGGGACGUGUUAGGAAAUAUGAGAUUAUCAAGGAAAAAAUGCUCCUAAUUUCAAUUAGCACAUUUCAUUGGUUUUACCUUUUUCGAGCAAGGCUGCUUUCAGGUAUCAACAGCAGGACAAAGGGGUUACAUUUCUACAGGAGGGAUGUCUUAAAUCUAAAACCUUUCUUGUUUUUAGCCAUUUAAAACUAGCACUGUGAUAUUAUGGACAAUAGAUGUAAUAUAAUGUCACCAUUUGAUUUUGUAACUUUUGUAUAGAGACGCAAGUGUAAGAUUUGCCUCCAGGCUGCUGCCCCGGGGCGGCCCAGAGCAGUUCUCUCCCUUUGGCUAACCUGUGCAAAUUUGGAUGAACCAGCCUUUUCUUAGCCGCCUUUUCAACAAGGCUCACGCCUUUCGGAAACGCUUUCUCGCUGUACAUUGAUGAAGCGGAUUAGCUAGUCGCUGGUGUUUGUGGAGUGAGGCUGUCUGUUGUAGGCUUGGUGGGGUGGAUCGUGCUGUUCGUGCACUCUUGAGGCCCAGGUCCAGCUGUGGCGUGGCGCACGCUCCUCUCCCUUGAAGCCAACGAGAUGGCUCUCGCUUCCGCCAGGGCUGGAUUUGUCCCACCUUGUUAAUAGAAAUCGUUGUGACAAUUCUUCUUUUGGUAUGUUUUGUGUAUGACGUGGGUGCAGAGGCCCAGCCGUUCCUCCCUCGACCCGAGCCGGGUGGUGGUUGGGGGUGGGUGACAGGAGCUGCGUAGCACGGCCCAAACCUGCCCUCCAUUUUGCCUGACGCCAGGUCCCCCCCCGAGCCACCCGCCGUAGGAGGGGGUGGAGGAGGGCCGAGGUGGCGGGACGCACACCCGCCUGCCUCCCGCCCGAGCGGCAAUGUCGGUGGGAGCGCGUGCGCCGGGGGGUGCCCUCACCCGCGGCACGGCCCCCUCGGCUUCGGUUGCACGGCCACCUCCUGGAGAGCGGGGCUCGCGGUGGGACAAGCUGUCUCUGCUCUGGACACCUCGGGCCUCCCGUGGAUUUUCCGUGGGGAUUUGGGGACCGUUUUGACAGGGGUGAACCCCUUCCUGCACAGGGACCUCCCAGAGACUCCCUCCCGCCGUCCCAGGAGAAGCACCGAUCUUGGCCCAAAACGCUACCCUUCGGACAGUGUUGGUGGAGAUAGAUAAUGCAUGUACUCAAAAGGGUUUGACUGUGUCAGUGACGAGUGUCCCAUAAGCUACGAAGUUGGUUUUCUCCAUCUCUGCAGGGCUGGAUGGGGUCUGUACUUCCAAUUAAUGUUGCAGCCGGAAGAAGCCGCUCACUGUAGGUGGAACGAAAUAACAGGAUUUCUUCCAGCGUUAACUCCUAAGUUGACUUCCAAGUGCUUUCUUUUCUCCAAUAAUAACUUUCUCUAACGGCAACUGUUAAUUGUGUGAUGGUGGAUAAAAUUUACUGGCCAGAUGUAUUAAUAAGAUAAGUUUAUACCUUCUUAGCAACCAAAUUUAAUAUAUUUACUUACAAAGAAUUCUGUGCAAUGAAUGUUUAAUACAAAGGAAAGAGACUAUUUUACUUCAAAGCAACAUUAAUUUAUGUACAAAACUAUAUAGCUCAUUAUUUGGGGUGUUUGGGAUCUAGGACCCUUUUUAUAAGCAGUGUAGUAUAGUAUAAUGUGAUACUUAAGUUAAACUCUGCUCUCUCAACCUAUAUAACAAUCUGUUUUACCUUCUUGAUGUAGACUUUCUUACCUACACUGUCACAGAAUUAUUUUGUUGGAUGAGUGGGAUUCUGGUCAGAGCACCAAAUUUCACCAGAGUAACUGAAGACUUCAAGAGCACCUCCUAAAUCUGGCUGCUGUCACCAUCACCCCCUUCACUGGUGACAGUUUUCUGGUAAAGCCAACGAAGCAAGAACAAGCUCAAGCUACGUGUUUGGGUAGCACAGAAGCAGCGAGAGAAGGUCCCCGGCUCGGACCCGUCUGCAGCUCUCGUGGCGGGAGGAGAGCCGCACCGGUGAGGUGUGCCGGGUGGAUGCGAGGUGCUCUUUAAAUGCUGCUUUUGCAUCGACCGUCAAGAAGUUUUACAAAGCUCUGGGGGGAGAACAACGAUGGUGACGACAUAUUUUUAGCUGUGUGAUUUCCUUUCAAUCUGCAUCUGCCCAGCUCCAUGAGGAAUGACGUUAGACAUAUCACUUAAUUUGCUUUUCGCUUUAUAAAAGGAAAAACAGUUGUUUGAAACACUUCCCCCAAUUUUAUGUGCUCUCUAUCUGCUUUCAGACGCUCCCUCCCUUCCUGCUCUGGAUGGCCCUUAUCCUAUUUCCACCUGAGGUCAAUGGCACUUCCCUAAAUAAGUUUCCCAAAGAAACAACAAAAUUCUACAUACACCCUGAAAAAAUGCCAUGGAGCACUACUUUUUUCAUCCUAGUACAUAGAGCUACAGCCUAUAUAGAAAUGCCAGAUUUCCUCCUUCCAGCCUAAUUACUCCUCUCUUUUUUUUUACCUCUUUUGUGCUGCUCCCUUGAAGUAUUUUACCUGAAGCAAAUGGAUGCUUGAAACUAAAGCUUUCUUUUAAAGCAGUGUGGCCUCAGUUUAACAACCACGCAAAGCCAACUCCUCCUCCCAUUUUUAUUUUUCUGAACAUGGGCCAGAGGCCCUAAAAUAGGAGAGCAAGAUAGAGAGAAAAUUGUUUUAUACAAACAAGCCCUAUUUAUUCAACUUGCAGGUCUAUGAAUGUCUACUUACUUUGUCUGUGUGCAAGUGUUGUCUCUCUAAUAAACUCAAUAGUUGUUUUGUAUUUUUUUCUGGAUUAAAAGCUUUGUAGAAACUAAAAAGGAAAAAAAAAGACAUUCAGUCAUAUUUUUCUAGUCUAGCUUGUAGAAUAUUUCAUGUAGUGCAGAAAGGAAGUUUUAUGGAGUAAGACAUUGUUGGAUUUUGCUCUAUUUCAGUUCUUUCUAAUUUUGUAAAAUGCCACCUGUACAUAAUACUUGACUAAUGUAUGUCCUGUAGAUGUAUUACACCAUUUAGCCUAUUAAAUGCCUAUACUGGACCGAUUGGAA